UUUUUAUCAGUUAUCAACACUUAUUCAGGCCUAGUGGCAUUCGCGAUGUCCACCACUCGUCCAUUUUGUCAACGCUCCCAGCGGCAUCCACAACGUUUCGUAACUCUUUCACGUUAAAAUGUCGGGAGGCUUAGAUAUACUGUCCCUCAAAGAGGAUGACAUUACCAAAAUGUUGGUUGCCACUACUCACCUGGGCUCCGAGAACGUCAACUUCCAGAUGGAGCAAUACGUUUUCAAGCGUCGUGCCGAUGGUGUGAAUAUCAUCAAUUUGGGCAAAACGUGGGAGAAACUGGUUUUGGCUGCACGCGCCAUUGUUGCCAUUGAGAAUGCAUCCGAUGUCUUCGUCAUCUCAUCACGUCCCAUUGGCCAGCGCGCUGUGCUGAAGUUCGCCAAGUACACGGACACCACACCCAUUGCUGGCCGCUUCACGCCCGGUGCCUUCACCAAUCAGAUCCAGCCCGCUUUCCGCGAGCCACGUCUGUUGGUUGUCACCGAUCCCAACACCGAUCAUCAGCCCAUUAUGGAGGCGUCGUACGUGAACAUUCCCGUUAUUGCGUUCACCAAUACGGACUCGCCAUUGCGCUAUAUUGACAUUGCUAUCCCAUGCAACAACAAAUCGCCCCAUUCGAUUGGUCUUAUGUGGUGGUUGUUGGCCCGUGAGGUGCUCCGUCUGCGCGGUACCAUUUCUCGCACCACCGAGUGGCCCGUAGUUGUGGAUCUCUUCUUCUAUCGCGAUCCCGAGGAGGCUGAGAAGGAGGAGGCUGCAGCGGCCAAGGAGCUGCUGCCACCACCCAAGAUCGAGGAAGCCGUCGAUCAUCCCGUCGAAGAGACCACCAACUGGGCCGAUGAGGUUGCUGCCGAAACUGUCGGCGGAGUCGAGGACUGGAACGAAGAUACCGUCAAGACAUCCUGGGGCAGCGAUGGCCAGUUCUAAGAUGUUCAGCCGGCCGAAAGCGGCCUAAACGAACUGUCAAGCAUAAAUAAAUGCCAACAUU